CAGGCAUCUUCGGCUGCGAUGGCUACGCGGUGGUCAGCGAGGAGAAGUGGGUCGUCGGUUCGGGGCCCGGCAAGCGCAUCGGCCAGGUGACCUCCCUGGUCUUUAAGGGCGUUGCCGUCGGCAUCUCCAAGGACGGCACCGCGGCCAACACGGAGCAGUUUAUCCUGGCGUGGAAGGCGGUGAUCGAGCACACGACGAUCCUCAAGCACGACUGGGCCAUCAAGGCAGACCCGGACGCGGUGAUCGUCGUGGACAGGCUUCGGAGCCAUCUCCUCGGGAGCACCGGCAUGUCCGUCUUCGUCAGGAACUGCAACUCGAAUCCAGACAGCCCCGACUAUCCGAUGAUGUACGGAGCGAUGGAGGCGAUCUCGAAGGAUGCCCUCAAGGUGCUGAAGGGCGGGGUGGAGUCCUGCAUGAUCUUCCUGGACUGGCAGACGUGGGGCGAGGACUUCUUCCUCAGCAAGUGCUUCGUGCAUCUAA